GUGAUUUUUUUCGUUUCCUAUGCACAAACGUACUCCUUUGUUUACAUACGCCGGCUGAUGAAAGUUUUGGUUAAAAAGAUAACAUUUUAAAUAGCAAAACCAUUUCAACACACAAUGGAAAGUGAUACGGCGAAACCAGCGUUCAAAAAGAAAGACCUUUCCGAAGUGAAUCCUAUCAUGGGGAAGAAAAGACAGUGGAAAUCUUUGAAGCAAAUUUUAACGCACGAGAAAACACUGCCCUGGAAGGAGACGGAUAUCACAUAUUCUACCGUAAAUGCUCCACCGUCACUAAAGCCGGCCAAGAAAUAUUCCGACAUAUCCGGACUGAUUGCACCGUAUACGGAUCCUCACUCGAAGCUGCGAUACCACAACGUGGAAGAGUAUCAAACAAUCCGCACCUUUCCGAUGGAUCUUACCGCUGGAUAUUUGGCACUUAGAGGUGCUACAAGCAUUGUGUAAUGAUAUAGCUUCUUCGUACACACUGCGUUAUUAGUUAGCGCAGAAAAUAACAAUGCCCGCUAGUGAUUCUCAUAUUCAUUCAUUGUUCAUAUUUAUUAAACCUUCCUUUGAAGCGUUCACAUUGCUUCGACAUCUUACAAACUAA